AUGAAAUUAUAUUUAAAUUUAUUUGAUUUUGAUCAAUUAUUAUUUGCAAUUCAAAUUGGAUUCAUAGAAGUAACUUGUAUUAGUCACACAUUAAACACAGAGAAUGAUAAAGAUUCAUCAAUAAUAUCAAACACAACUAAAGAUACAAAAGUUAAUUUUGAACGAUUACUUUCAACAACAUUAUUUUCUAUAAAACCAGUUUUAAGUGUUAUUUCUACACAAGAUUUAUUAAAAAAUUUGGAAGAAACACUUAAUUAUUUUAAAUCAACGUUCAAUGUACAAAAGAGAUCACAGUUCUGUACACUGGAAGAUGAGAAUGUCCAAUCAACUUUUGAUCGUGUCAUUUUAAAUCAUGCUGAUUUUCGACAAACAAGAUUAUGUCAUGUUCAAUUUGAUAAUACAGAUUUAUCUUAUGCAAAUUUUAAUGGAUCAACUUUAGGCAAGGUGAAUUUUACUUCGAAAACUAUUCUCAUUCGUUCAUCAUGUAGUCAAGCACAAUUGAGUAUAUCUGCAUUAUUUGGUGUUGCUGGAAAAUAUAAAGAAGGAACAGUUAAGAUUUCGAGUCCAACUAUUCAUGCUUAUUUCGAUAGCCCAUGUAAGAAAUAA